GCCUUGCACAGAACUGUUGUCUUAUAAAAGAAUGGUAGAUUUGUCACGUAAUCAAAUGUUUGUAUUUGUGCAUGCAUGUUACAUCUUUCUGUUCGGCAUAUUUCGAUAACUGUGACAGAUGAGUCGAUUCAUUGUUAAAUUUGAGGAUAUCUAUAUAGGAAAGAACUGGUCAUCACUUAUUCAAGAAGACAGCCAGAGCCUAGAAUACUUUCUUUCUUGAAUUGCUUUUCUGCUCGGAAUUUGUUUCAAAAUGGCGUCUGGAUUCUCUACAAGUGAAUUGUGCGAAGAGGAAGGAUGUAAACGAAAUAGUCAGCUCGUAUGCGCUUUAUCAGAAAAACGAAGGCUAUGCCAACCGUGUGCCUCCAAGAAAAUUGCCGAAGAAGGUGAAGCGUCAUGGACGUGUAAGAAGCAUGCGGAACCUAUUAAGUUCUUCUGCGUGCAACACAAUGUUCUACUCUGCCAGUCCUGUGCCACCGUAGCCCACCAGAAGCCUUGCGAUUUGAAAGAUGUGGAGGAUGCCGUGAAAGAGUGCAAAGAGAAACUGAAAGAUGUUCUACCAGCUGUCAAGGACAGAAUACCAGUCUGGCACAAGCACAUGAAGACUGUUUUAGAAACAUCCAGUGAUAUUCAUGUCCAUUUUGAUAAUGUUGAAAGUCAAAUCCGAGCCCACUUUGAACACGAAAAGGAAAUUGAAAGAAAUAGAUCAAAGGAGAAGGAUGUUGCAAUAACUGAAGAGUCAGAACGGAAGAUACAGAUCAUACACAAACAGCGCGAUGAGGAAUUGAAAAGGAACGUGGAAGACUUACAGGUUCGUGAGCAAGAGCUUGAAAAAACGCUGGAAAGCAUUGUCGGUGAAUUCAAUGGCAUUAGAAAGGUAGUGACAGAAGAGAUGAAAGAAAUAACAGAGAGAUCAAAAGAUGUCUUGGAAAGGUUAGAUGAAUCGCUUGAAGGAAUUGAACAUGUUCUCUUGAGUGACCAGGAACUCUGUGUCCGUGCGAGAGAAUUACUAAAAACAGCGAAUGACGCCUUACAUAGUGAUACAGGGGCAAACUCAUUGCAGCUGGUGUCUACCGCGGCUCGUGAAGUAAAAUUUGUCAAGAGACAAAGAGAAAAUGCUGUACCAAUUUACAGAAUUGAUGGAUUUCGUGGAAGAUGGGAAGUAGUAGAUACUGUCGAUAUUCCGAAGAAUGUUAAAUUGCCAAGUCUGGUUGGUUGUGUCGGAGAAGGAUCUGCAGCCAUUCGUGAUAACCGAUCGGGUGACUUGUACCUAGCAAAUCUGAAAACCAAAGCAGCCGAAAAGAUUAUUGAGAGUAGACCUACACACGGUGCAGUUGUCUCAUGCGUAUCUCUCGAUGACAAAACAACUGUUUGUGGAAAAGCCAUGAAGGGUGAGUUUGCCGACUGCGUAUCUUUCUACGAUGCAGACUGGAAGCUUAUUCACAGGCAGGAAACGUCACGAACCGAAGAUCCUAUAGGUGGAACAAAACGGGUCUUUGUGGACGUCGACUGUACAGGAAUGAUCCUCGCUGCUGAUUUCAUGGCAUCAGACGUAAAUAUCAUAAACCCUUCCAAUUUUAAGAAAGAUGUCGAAGGAAGUAUUGUUGGGACCAUACCCAUCAAGGAUAAGAUGAGCGCAGAGGGAUUUCGAUCCCUUUCAUCAGGAGACAUAGUCGUGAAAUCUGGGUAUGGAGGCCUGAGCGUACUAGACAGAUCGGGUGAGGUUAAAAACUUCAUCCAAGAUUAUGAGUGGGGCUCUACGGAGUUCUGCGUCGACUCCAUGACAGACGCCCUCUACGUUGUCUACAAGGAUCCUGAAAAGAUGAUGUAUGCUGUUGAUCAGGUCCGUGCUGAAAGUGGUGUGGUAUUCAGGAAGAUCCUGGAGUACCCUAUGUCAGUGAGUACAAAGCACACACAGACUCAAAGGUGUACUGUAACCCCGUCAGGAAUUAUCAUUGCAUUUAACGGGGAAAGGCUAUUUCUUUUCAAGAAAUAUUUCACUUUAUAGUGUCAAUUGGAAUAAAUAUCUCAUCAGAUAUUAAUGCGAUGCCUCAAAAUAUGGCAUUACGUAUCAGAAAUCAGUGCUGAGUUAACGAAGGAAGUAACGGCUUACCUCUCCCGCAAACACUAAAUCCGGCGAAAUAAUAUCUCAAGAGGCAACAUUUCUUUUAAGGUUGUGAUACAUAUUGCAAUUUCAUCGUGGUGUUUCAUAUAAGUAUAUUUCAUUUUGUUAACAAUGUAAACUGAUGAAUGUAAGUUUAGCAAAUUAUAUUGUAAAUAGUUUACAUAGUUUUUUUAUUUAGGUAAUGUAUAUUUAAAGGUCCUAUCACAAACUGUUGUCCAAAAUAAUAAUAUGUUCACAAAUUUUCAAACACUAUUGGACGACAAACACGAACGUUAAAAAGUUGAAAUUUAUCAACUUCCAAAUGCGAUUGAAGGUAUUAUAAGCCUAUUACAAUCAUACAUACUGGUUUCUCAAAGACUGUCGUCCGAUGGCACUAAGUUGGCAAGACCGCUACAAUUUAACAAAAUAUUUUGAGACAAAAACAAUUGAUCACUUCCCAAUAUGUUGAUAGUAUAAAUCUUGAAGAUAUAAUCUUAAGAAGACAACGUCUCAUCAGGUCCCCGAUAAUAAGCCUUUCGAGAAAUUCAGAUAUUUUGUCACCAGGUUGGUGUUUCAUAAAGUUGAUCGUAAGUUAAGGGCGACUUUAAGAACGACUGGUAAUCCUUAUGCACUAAAUAAUCACUAAUAAACAUUUAAUGGUGAAUACCAUUUACCAUAAUAAUGUAUCACCAGUCGUUCCUAAAGUCACUCUUAACUUAAAAACGAACAGUUUUAUGAAACGGCCCCCGGUUGCGAACGCAUACCAUGAAGGUCCUCAGAACAAUGCGAUGGAAUAAUCUGCACUCUUAAAGGACAAGUCCAUCUCAACAAAAAGUUGAUUUUGAUAAAAAGAGAAUAUCCAACAAGCGUAACACUUAAAAUUUCAUCAAAAUCGGAUGUAACAUAAGAAAGUUAUGACAUUUUAAAGUUUUGCUUAAUUUCACAAUACAGUUAUUUUUCUCCUCAUUGUCAAGUGAAACAACGAUUAAUUCCUCCCUGAGCAUGUGGAAUUGGCAUUGUUUAAUACUAUGGUUCUGUCAAGUUCAUGUAAAACAUGAAAUAUUGUAUAAUUCAAACAAUAAAAAACAAAAAUAGUGAGUGAGGGACACCAUCGACUGUCUCAUUUGCAUGCUACUGAAAUGUGCAUAUCACUGUUUUGUGAAAAAUAAGCGAAACUUUAAAAUGUCAUAACUUUUUUUAUCUUACAUCCGACUUUGAUGAAACUUUCAGCGUUAUGCUUGUUGGAUUUUUCUCUAUUUAUUCAAAUCAACAUUUUUCUGAGGUGGACUUGACCUUUAACAUGGUUGAGUAAAAAACCGUUCCCAGUACGGGGAACUUCUAUGUUCGAUCUUGUCACGCAGUAGUGAUAGCAAUCCCCAACAACGACAGCAACAGCAGCAAACAAACGAAAAGGCCAAACAAAACCAACAACGAAAACGCGUUUUUGAUGUAUUCUCUGGCGUCUUCUGACGAAUACAGAAACACACAUAAACUUUGAUUUUGAAGACUAUGUGGAAUAUCCUGCUGUCUAUAUCUAUUUCAUAAUCAUAAAUGUAUCACAAUAGAUCAUGUUUUUUAUUUUCUCAGAAUAUAGCUUACAGUGUUGAAUUACAUAAUUGAAAAUAUAUAUUUCAUGCUCUAGAAUAGAUAUUGUAUGGCUAUCAGUUGAAAGCCCAAAAUAUUGUACUUCAAUUCGUUUUGCAACAAUCUGACUAAUUCAUGAAAUUCAUUUACGUGUGUAUGCUAUAAGCCUUUCCCUUUGUUUUUGACAAAGAGCGUGAGCUCAAUAUUGGUAUUAAAUAGGAGGGUCUAUAGACUAUGUGGCGAAUACAAAUUUAUGAUAUAUGAUUUUUAUAAUUAUACCAUGCAAGCAAAUCCGCAUUAAUAGACAAAUUGAAAGAAAUGUGCAUGACAUUUAUCAUGUUCAUGUUAUUCUAUACUAUAUAAAAAAAAAUUAUACAUAUAUUCUGACCAUGGUUAAAAUAAGUAAAUUAAAUAUUAAUCAAUAAUUCCAAAUUCAUACCACCGAAACCGACUCCCAACCAACGAAAUAUUACGUUAUAUCCGACCCCAACCAACGAAAUAUAUUACGUCAUUUCAAGUAAAAUACCUUCAGCCGGUUUGGAGUCAGUUAUAUUGGUAUGACUACAGUAAGCAUGAAAAAAAUUGAGCAUAAAGUUCUUAUCGAGUGAUUUAAGCGGUUAAUAGUUACUGCAAUUGCCUCAUUUAUUGUGUUCUAUGAAGAAUUCUAGCUAUGGUGUCAAACCAUGACAUACGAUUGUAGCUGCGCAUACGCAAUGCAUAAUAAAGUUGAUUUGGAAUCUUAA